GUUUACCGCGAAGCAAGCAUUGCAUCUAAUCUUGGCCGUUGCUGCAUAACGAUUCCAUCAUUCCAGCUUGGGGCAAUUGAUUUCAAGGCACCGCAAACAUCGCCAUCCUUUGCGUAUAAGCGCCUCAUUUCUCUCAUUCAGAGACUGCUUUGCUUAGGAGAGUGUGCGGUUGCUUCGACAAGACUAAGCGGCCUGUCGUCGGUCGUAAUCAGGGGAACUUCCCCUACCCGGACCCUUCCAUAAAGCUUCCCGGCAGUUGCUCCGCGCGCCAGAAACGCCUCUUCAUUUUAACAUUCACUCUCACCUUAUCGACCGACAAGUAUAAUACGUUCGCCCGACAUGGCCGAACACGAACCUGUUACCACGAUGGCAUCGCCGUCGCCUCAGCCUGACAUGACGAGAAACCGACUACCUACGCUCUUUGAGGUCUUGAGUCGUCGCACUCUCCCUCCCGUCGACCUUUUCUCGUUCUAUAUCUACAUGCGCGAUCAGCAACGUUCGGUGGAUUAUCUCGACUUCUGGUAGGUUCAUGCAGGAUUGACUUUCCAGAAAGCUUAGCUGACAUAGCCAGGCUCGAUGUUGCUCAGCACAUGUCGCUCUGCCGACAUUAUGUUCGCGAACUUCGACGAUCCGUCCUUAUUGGUACUCCCGAAGCACAAUCAAAACGAUCUUCAGCUAUCCUCGAGAAUAUUGGCGACUUGGAACCUAGAGCGGCAGGUCCGUCCAUGUAUGCGACUGAGAAGGAGAAGAACCAAGAUGCGCAAAUGUCUGCAUUCCUUAGAGAGGACCAAAGUCACGAUUCACCUCAGAGUGCCUCUGCGCCUGUUAGACCCAGCCCUCAGUUCAGCAACUCUCACGAAGUCACUACCGAAUCCAACUCGCCCGCUCAUACCGUUGCGCGACAGGAUAUCCGAGCCUCAGCUGAGAAAAUUCUCUACACUUUCCUUCUUCCUGGAGCUGAGCGAGAAAUCACCCUCCCAGGUUCUAUUACCGCAGAGGUAACUACUGCCAUCGAAGAGUAUGGUCGCGACGAUCCCGAGGUAUUCGAUGUUGCCAAGGACUAUGUCUUCCAAGCUAUGGAGCGAGAUGCUUUCCCAGGCUUCCUUCGAAUGAAGGCUCUAGGCAACCUUAUCCCACCCACGCUCAUCAUGCGACUUAUCCUUGGUCUUAUUGCCAUGUUUGCCGCCCUCUGGGCUGCGUUUGUUCUCAUUUUCCUUGAUUACUCUCGUGCAACCAGAUGCUGGCUCAUCCUUCCAUUCACCGUCGGUGUCUAUUUCCUUGCGUCUUACCAAUACUCUCUGGACCCAAUCAUGGCCCUGGUUGGUUACAGCGAGUACACCCCCUUCAACUUCUCUCGCAUUCGUGAACCCUACGUUCGCAAGCUCAUCGCCAAGCGUGCUAUCAUGGUCCUCGCAGUGACUGUUCUCAUUGAUGCCGCACUCUGUGUUCUCUUCAUUCUUGUUCCAGGAAAGCGUCUCUAAGCAACUAUUCUUUUCACAUUCAACCGCGGUCACUAAUGCCGGCCAUUAAUGGCCUUUCGAAUUCCCAUUAAAAGAAAAAGCCAUCUCCGCGAAAAUCUCUUUGGACAUCAUAUCAAUACUCACGACUGUAAUGAUCAGGGGCCUUGAUUAAGCGGCAAUACUACCCCCAGUCUCUCGAUUGAGCUCGGGCGUUGCUUUCUGGAGGCUGGCGUACGGGAAUCUACUGUUUAACAACCAGGUCUUCUUUGUAAUUUAGCUAUUCCCGGUCUGGAACAUGAUCCUGAAUCAUUUCCGACCAUGCGUUUUUCCUUCUUAUUUAUGACCUUAUCGGGUCAUUAGAAUUAGUACAAGUCUCAGGGCGGCAUUUUGUACGGACGUAGGGCUAAUAAAAAGGCGUCAUAUCGUCUAUUAUGUCAUGAUUAUUCGUGAUACAUGUUUUGCGAGCUUGACUUUUGGUUCGCCUGGCCCGACAGAGGUGCUAUUUUCACAGCUUGCGCUUAUUUGCUCGUUUCUUCUCCUCUUCGGCCUCAUCGACAUCCAUACUGUCGUUGUCCACCAAGUUACCUGUAUCCAUGACUGAUCGCUUGUUAAACCCCCGUCUACCCAGGUCCCGUGUCAUGUUUGGCAGAUCGUACUUGCGUCCCAUUCCCUCUUGUUGUUCGUUGAUCAACUGCUGCAACUUCUCAUCGGCCAAGC